AUGGAAGGUUCCGUUGCUCUACUCAAGACGUCCCCGGUUAGGGUGGGUGGCCAAGUUGAUGAAGAUAGAGUCUACUUUCAUCGGAUGUUUUGGACAUUCCCUCCGUGUAUUGAGGCAUUCCGCCACUGUAAGCCGCUCGUUAGCAUCGAUGGAACACACCUCUAUGGCAAGUAUGGCGGGACAUUGUUGUUGGCGAUCGCUCAGGAUGGUAACUCGAAUAUUUUGCCUGUUGCGUUUGCACUCGUGGAGGGGGAGAAUGCAGAGUCUUGGUCGUACUUUCUUUCGAACCUUAGAAGGCAUGUCACUCCACAGGAAGGUAUUCUCGUGAUAUCUGAUAGACACAACGGCAUCAAGGCUGCACUAGAGUCUCCCGAUAGUGGUUGGCAACCUCCACAUGCUUAUCGGGCAUUUUGUAUUCGGCAUGUUGCUGCAAAUUUUGCCCUCACUUUCAAGGGACAGGAUGAGAGGAGGUGGCUGGUGAAUGCCGCGUAUGCGAAGACAGAAGCAGAAUUCGACUAUUGGUUUGAUAUAAUGAGGACGGAGAACCCGGCCAUGUGCAACUGGGCAAACAGAAUGGAGUAUGAGAGGUGGACACAACACAAGGAUGGGGGGAGAAGAUAUGGUCACAUGACCACCAACAUUUCUGAGUGUGUGAACUCUGUCUUGAAGAUAUGGUCUAGACCAAUCGCUGACUGGGGGGUUCCCCCCAUGGUGAACCACGUAUCCAACGGGCUACCUGCAGGCACGUUCAAAUCUACCACAUACUCACCCUGA